CAUCUACCUCACAACAACGCAACCGGAAUACGUGGGUGCGUGAAACGUAAAUUGUAGUGUACAACUUUAAUCUCGCUCUUGGUGUUCCUCUCUGCUUGAAAUGCCGGUUGAUAUUCUUGGGUUUGCUUACGCCGCUACUGUGGCCGCCGGUGGUAUCGUAGGAUACGCGAAAGCAGGUUCAGUACCUUCACUAGCGGCUGGACUUACGUUCGGCGCACUGCUUGGGUACGGUGCGAUGUUGUCCUCUGAUGAACCGCCACGGCCCCUGCUGCAGAUCGGUACGGCAUUGGUGCUAGCCGGUAUGAUGGGUUCGCGAUGGGCUCGAUCGGGCAAGUUCAUGCCACCCGGUCUGAUUUGCGUGAUCUCUUGUGCAAUGCUUGCCCGCGGUCUAAUCUAUCACAACCGUUAUCUACCGAUGAUUGGUGCAAAGCAUGAGUAAGACGGCACCGGGCAGAAACGCUCCGGGGUAUGAAGGUCGUACUUGCAUUUAUGCAACGCGCAAUGCAUCACCACGCAUUCCACCGCGACCGCCGGAAGGUCAUGGGAGGGCACAAAGUGAGAAGUGAAAAAUGUACGAAUCACGGUAAUGGGAAUAGCGUACAAUAAAGCUCUAGUUUUAUU